AUGGCAGAAAACGCAGAUGAGCUCGCGAAAAAGCGAAUUGAAGAAGAGAUGAAGAAAAUCCAGUUGGAGACAGAGGAAAAAAGAAAGGCGAAAAUGAAGGCUCUGAUUGGCGACGACGCGGUCCCUGUGGAAGCCCGUAAGAAGGGAGUGGACGAAUCGGUUCAAAAAUGGUCGGAAAAGGGUACUCACCAGGUAGAAGAACCUGACAUCAAAGCUGGUGGCCAUGCUGGUGAAACGCUUAAAUCGAUGAAGGAUGCCUUUGAGAAACAUGUUCAAGAGGACGCUACCAAGGGCAAGAGCGCCACUACUGCAGAAGGAGAGGGAGAAGCUCCACUGGAUCCCGAAAAAGCCGAAGAAAUUCGAAAAAGGUUUGCCAAGCCAAAAUCAGAUGUUCCAGAAGGAGGUGAAGAGCCAGAAGGAGGAGGAGGAGGAGAAGACGACGAAGAUGCCGAAAUCAAUCCAGAAGAAGCCGCCUUUCGAGAAGGCUUUUCGUCGAUUGAAAGUGAGGAGACGACCAUGGUGGGCUUGGAGAAACAUGUUAGAAUUACUGGCACUGAUCUCGAGGGACGCAAAUUCACCAAGACCAAGAUUUUCUUGCCCAAAGUAGAAGGCAAGACGGUACUCCAAGGCAAGCAACCUGCCAAAGAAGGAGAACCACCGAAUUGGGAUGGCCACUUUCAUGCGUUGGAAGACAUUCAGCAACUUCGUGUGGAGGGAAUGGACAAGCAACAUCGCGAAAUGUACUUGUCCCCAGAAGACUUUGAGAAAUACUUUAAAAUGACCAAAGGAGCCUUUGCGAAACUGCCCAAAUGGAAAAAGAGCAAACUGAAGAAGGAUUUGCUUUUGUUUUGA